AUGGCGAAUGUAACAGCGGUGUAUUUACCUAAUGAAGGCAUCCUGACAGAAGCUGAGUAUAUGUGCAUUGGUGUUUAUCUUGUAGUCUUAGGAGCGCUAUCUGUUCUGUUUAACAUUUUUGUAAUCAUUGUACUGGUGAAGGGGAAUCCUAAAUACCAUGCUGUACACAAUAUUCUGCUACUGAACAUAUCAGUGUCCGAUCUAUUACUGUCGGCGGUGGCCUACCCACUGUGGGCCUCUACCACAUUCUAUUACAGGUGGAUAUGGUCAGAUGCAUGGUGCACAUUUUCUGCAUUUUGGUGUUUCACAUUAGCACAGAAUGAUAUGAAUACAUUGGCUGCCAUUUCUAUGUGUCGAUACAUCAUUGUGUGUAAACCUCAGUACGUAGCAAUAUGGUCUCAUUCUUUGCUGCACACAACUGCACCACUGUUCGGAUGGAGUUCAUACAAACAGGAAGCCUUCGGAACCUCGUGUAGUAUAGAUUGGACCGGACACUCAGCCUCAGUAAUAACAUAUAACAGUAUCAUAACACUAACAUGUUAUGGUAUUCAUUUGUUUAUAUUUACCUACUGUUACUAUUUUGUCAUCCAAGAAUUAAGAGCUGUAGCUUCUACACCUUUAAACGAUCAAAUAGUAUCAGUCGAAAAAGUCCGAUGGUAUCACAGAGUGUCAACAUCAUUGGCUGUGACAAUGACCUCAUUAGCAAUGGUAGCUGUGUUUCUGGUAGCGUGGACCCCAUAUGCCAUAGUAUCAAUUUAUAGUAUGUUUUCAAGUGGAUUACACCCAUGGAUGCUUGUUAUACCAACUAUGCUGGCAAAAAGUUGUACAUUGCUUAAUCCGACAGUGUGUGCCUUACUGAGUUGCAAGUUUAGAAAGGCAGCUUGGAGAUUGUUUUCUAGAAAAAAUAAAGUAAAACCAAUAGUUGAUGAAUGUCAAUUACAGGAAUUUAAACAUAGCAGCACUUCAUCCGGCGUCAGAAUUUGUGAACAGGGACAGAAUGAAAGAAUUCAAUACAAAGGAAAUUUGGCGCACAAUGACGUCUUCAUUGGUGAUAUGAUAAUAUCACUACCACUUGAUUAUAACAUUGUAUAAUUUAUUUACAGUGCCAUGACACUGCU